AUGGCUGAUGAGCCUCAAGGUCAAGGACCGGAGUUUUGGUUGCCGUCCGAGUUCCUCACGGAUGAAGAUUCUGUCAUGGAGAAGGAUAAAUUCAACAAGAAAACUGAGUCAGUUUCCGAGUUCUGCUUCCCCACUGAAUUUCCCUACGAUUUUGGCGGCUAUGGAGUAGGCUCUCCCAAAACAGAGAGUGAUGAUGAAGACUUGCUCGCCGCGAUAACUCGAUCCUCUUUCUACCAUCAUCUCAACCCCACCACCAAGCCUCAAAAUCUUGAGAAGGUGGGUUUGAUUUCCGGUUCCCCACAGUCAACGCUGGCCCACGUGGGGAGCUGGUCGGAUCGUAGCAACGGUAGCCGUAAUACCCCAUUUCAGGUGCCGUCCCCUCCAACGACGCCGUUUGUGAUUGAGAGCAAGCCAUGGGACCUUAUUUACCAGCCCGCCGUUCAACUGCCAGAACACAAGCUAAGCGGAGGUGGCCUCGGUCAACUUCACUAUCCUGCACAAAAUCCAACCCGUUUCCAGCAAGUGAGAGUGGAGCGUUUGAUGAACCAACCGAAUAUAAGUUGUGGAAUGUGGUACAGCCAGCACCAAGUGGAUCAAAACAGGGGUGGGAGACUAGUAGGAGGAAUGGGUCAAGCUGCAUACCAGACCCGUCCUGCCCACCAAAAGUUUAGCGGUUCGGGUACUGGGGCGGUAUCUUUUGGUAGGCACGUCGGCGGAGAUAGGGCUGUGCCAGGCGGUGGCGGUGUGAAAAGGGGUUGUGCUGGUACAGGGGUCUUUUUGCCUCGGAGGUACGGGAGUAAUAAUGACAAGAACGCGUUCCCUUCUUAUUCACGCAAGAAGCUAGUUUGUUCAACUGCUUUACUUCCUGAUAGAGUUCUCCAUGCCCUCGACGUGAAAUUUGUUGACGUGAAUUCUCAGUCUUUGCCCGGGUUCAACAUGGGAUUCAUCCCGGAUUAUGACACCUUCAUGGCCCGAAGGAAUGAGUUUUUGGUACGACGGCAACUUGGUUUAAGUUCCUUGACACGAACUCCUGAGGAUUGGACCUUUUGA